UAGCGUUAGUAGUCAAGAUCGGCGUGUGGGAGGGCAGAAUAGGCCUUUUCUACUGGCCUACCACUGUCGGGCCUCUACCCUCGAUCCGCAUUGUCGCGCGGUGGGAGAGAAACUAGAGAAUACGAGCCACUGGCAUUUUCUGUGUAAAAGCUAGAAAAGACAGAGCAUUGCGCGCCGUCGCAGGUUUGUACUCCGGAGUUUUUGGUAGAGCGCGUGCUCCGGAGUCCUUCGGUUAUACUAGUGUGUUUCGUGUCCAGUGGAUUUGCUGAGCGCGGGGUUUUACAGUGAAAAAAAUCAACGCGAGAGAGGAGCAUCGGAGCGCAAACUACUCACGGGAUAGUCCACCUGUUAAGCUUGCAUUUUUAUUUAUUCCGUGAAAUUUAUAUAUUUUAAUGGAGAAACACCAUACCUGGAUUGUUUUGUCGACAUUUAGUGCAUUGUGUGGUUUGUGAUACGAAAGGUGUGUGAUUUUACAACAAUCAUUUGUGCGCUCUUCAACAAAAACCGGGCAUACGUGACCGGUUAACCAGAGCUGAAACGGUGCUUUCAUCAGCGGGGGAAGAAAGAGAGAGAGAGAAAGGUGGAGAAGGAUCACCGAGUGAAUAGAGGAGGUGGUAUCGGCGUCAUACAGUGGGAGAGAGAGAGAGAGAGAGAAGUAGUGAAAUUGUGCAGAGACGAGAUAUAUGAGGCCGUUGGUUGGCCAGGAGUACGAGAUAAAAAGCCAACGGAGAGUAAUUUAAGCUUCAACACUAAAAAGACGUUUGAAAAAGUCGAGGAAUGAAAUAUCAUUGUAAUUUUUAAUAGACAGUGCAAACUGUUGCGCCGAGAAGUUAAUGGAAAACAACGACUGAAGUCACUUCGGUGGGCAUUCGCUGAAAAAGAAAUCACGAAACGCUUGAGUAAAUUUUCACGGGAGAAUGGUGACAGUAGAUGAGGAAACGAAUCGAGAACUCGGCUCUUCCUGAAGAGGGGGAAAAAAAUGAAAAAAAAAUAUGACAAUUUUAUUAUGAAAUAAAGGAGGAACAUUGUACAAAAUUCCGUUUGUAUAGUGGGUAGAGGGAACAAAGGAGGUGCACACGGUCGUGCGAGUGAAAGAGAAACGGAUUAAACCACGUAUAACAUUGAGUGAGCGGCGUAAAAACGUGAAAGAAAAAUAAAGGGGGGAUAAUAAAUGAAUGUUUGAGUGUGAUAGAGAUGAAGGAUAAAGAAGAGACGUGAAUAAAGGAAAAAGAAAUAUUGUCAAGGUUUCUGGUUGGGCUGGGGUAGAGAAGAGGAAGAAGGUGAAGGUACAUCAUAGCGAGGAAGAGACAGAGGCACAUGCACAUCAGUGAAAGAAGGGAAAAACGCAUAAACCGCUGAAGGAAACAGCUGAGGGGUGGGGAGGGUGAAGAGGAGCCCAGGGAGAAGUAAAAAAGGGACAAAGAGGGAGAACCGUUGCUGUGGAGAUCGAUGUUCAGGGGCGUACGAUGGCCGGGGCGCUGUCCGAGAACGCGCCGAGGCCGGUGAGCGUUGUGACCGUUGAUGCUGGUGGUGCAGCGACUAUUGAAACACCAUCGGUCCCAACAGCCGAUGUAUCCCAGGACACACGCUGCCAGAAUGCACGAGAGGGCCGUGAGACAACCCGAUGUUUUGCCUCCACAGAGGCACAAACCGAGAAUACCCCGAGGGUAAUCGAGGAGGAUCUCAGGGAUGCGAGGAGGCGGGAGAGAAGGAUCCGAAGGCAUCACCGCAGGGCCAUGAGGAGUUGCUCGAUGCCACCGAGUUAUCCCGGUGGACCGGGUUGUGUUAAUACGACUAAUGGCAUUGGAACAGCACCAGGUAUGCCUCUGGUACAGCCAGUGGGGGGUUUUCUGCAUCCACCGCCACCGCAUCUCGGCCUGAGGGGUCUCAGCCUCGGCCUGCCAUUUCCAGUGCCCGCCAGUGUUUCUGCCUUCGGCAGGGACGCAGUGCCGAAGCAGUGCUGUGGCCUGGGUUCACCACCAGUGCGCUGGUCAAUCCUCGGUGUUGGUAUUGUUGGGCUAGUUUGUGCAGCUGCUGGAGCUCUACUUGGUGCCCUCAGGGCAACCGGUCGUGACCAACUCGCCGUAUCGCUUUUCAUGAUUGGUAUAGGAGUGAUUUUAGUGACUGUGAGUGCGGUGGCAUGGCGAGCGACCAGUCGAGAAAAUUGCGGCAGCUUCUUCGGUUUCACAGGGAUCUCAGGAAGGAUUCCACCGGCGAGACCAAUGCAUCCAUACGCGGCCAUGAUCUAUCCGGAAUUCCAGUUCAGAACACCACCACCCAGUUACCAGGCGAGCAUGCAAGAGUACAGACUCCGGCUUUUACUACUGGACAGACUCCAGCCAACAUCCUCACCACCACCAACAUACAGAUCCAAUACAGCGAGUAUAAUAGCACCGUGUACAACACGUGAAAGCCGACCACCGAGUUAUUGUGGCCGUGCUAAUGUCACUCCAAAUGCAACACUGGCGCCGUCCAAGAAGGACGCUAAUCUUGUUAGAAUUGUGCAAACUGAGUCGGAGCCAGUGAUACUCAGUGGUGAUCAAACACCACCCGUGCAGGCCGCGGUUGAGGUACUCGCACAUUUGUAGAUGAUUUAGAAAACGUGAAAAGCAAUUUUGUUUGGAAAUAUUUGAGGUUCGACUUUUGGCAGUCGAUGAGAUCGAUUGCCCUGUGGUAUUCACGGUGCAUCGACCUCGAAAAUUGUCUACCGAUAAGUUCCAUUGCAUGCCAAAUCCAUCACAGAUAGGAGUCAAUGCUGUCGAAUAAAUUUUAAAAUCUUCACCGUGAAAUGCAAAAUCACUGAAACGAAAGUGUAUUUCACAUCAGCCUCAGCCCGGAUGUAAGUAAUUGUGUGUCACAUUGGAGAACAUGAAGCGUUCGAGGGAGGAGCGGUGAACAUGUAUUAUGCUUCACUCCUUGGUCGACGAUUUAACGCUACGUCGUCCUGAACUUGCCGCUGCAAACUGUAGAUAGGGAUACAAACUUCCGCUCUUCCGUAAAUUUUUUCGAUGUUAUGUAUCGUUCGUUGCGCUUCCGAUCAGUGGGAAUUUUUCACGGAGUGUCGAUAGAUCGCAAGGGGUAAAUUCAUACUGAAUAUUUAUAGUCCCAUCGCAAAUUGAAGUAAAUUGGAAUAUUGUUGUCAUUUGAGUACUUGAAAAUGAGGAAUUCCAUUGAAUUUCGAGUCCGUUAAAAAAUUCCGUUCCAUGUUUUUCCCCUCAAUGGGAUUCUAUUUCAAUCAAUCCUCAUAUUAAUUUUUCGUGUAUGCCCCAAUAUCCCAGCAUUCAUCCCGAAAUUUUCAAAAUUCUUUCCUCUCCGAAUGCGCGCAGCUAAAUUCUUAAAAUUUUUGGUUUUUUGUUUCUAUGACCUGAUGCGAGAUAGACGAGAAUGAUAUCACUAGAUUCCAGUAUGUAAAAAAAGAGUGACACUCGUGUUCUGCAUUUGAUUCCGUACCACUGCCUGUUUUAAUCGUAUUUCACCCCCUUCCAAUGUAUUUGGAUAUCGGGAAUGGGGUCAUCGAAGCUGCCGGAUGGGACUUCAAACAUUUUUGCGAUAAAAAUUCGAUAUAGCAGCCAAUAUCGAGUAUGUUCUCCAGUGUGUAAAAUACCAUGUGCAAAUAUGUGAAAUAUUGUUUAUGCCCGUUUGACAAACGAAUGCAGUUGUUUCGAUUUUCUUGAUUUGUUUCCCUUAAAUCGAUGAAUGUAUUUCGAUUAAAAUAGCCAGUGUAUUGUACACAUGUUCUUUCAUCUUAUCUGGAUUCGCGGUAUUAUUCGAAUGAAUUCAAAAACAGAGUGAUAAUUGGAACAGAUAUGCGGAAUGGUCAAGAGGUUUGGUUAUUGGGGGCUCCGUGUGUGCAAUUAAAAAGCGUGAAGUAGAAUUUCAUGGUACGAUACAUGGCCAAUGGUAACGGAGUGAUGAUUUUUUUCAUUCUCAAUGUUUAAAUUAUACAAACUCACUCGGCGAACCGCGUAAAAUCCACGUCCUCUCGAUUUUCAAAGUCACACUUUCUUUCCAUGUUUUAUAUACAUUUUGUAAAUAGCAGUUUUGUGGCUGACAAUGAGUUUUUUUCCUUCUGCGUAAAUGUUUGGAUAGAGUGUGGGGCUUCUUGCGAGAGUGAUUUAUUUAAAUGCAGUGGAUUCAUUGGGUGGUACUCAGUGAAUUGCGUUGGAUUGCAUAUUUUGUGGACUUGAGAAGAAAAAUUAACAUCAAUGUCGAGUGGCAAUUUAAAUUUCAAUGUGGGCGAAAAGUUUUAAUGCAAUUCUUGAGAGGAAUUGCGAAUGACGAGGGCCUCUGUUUCUCUGACACCUCUUUGAAUACCGUGAGAAGGAGGUCAGUGAGAUAAGGACCAGCCUUAGUAACGUGGUUUUGAUGUUUUCAUAAUUUCGAGAAUUUUAUGACCAGAAAGCCUAACGAGAAAGAAGAUGACAAUCUUUCACUCGGUGUUGCCACCACUCGAAUAAUUGUUUUUGUAGAGCCGUUGAGACGCUCGAAAUGGCUAUUUCUCAGUUUGUUUUUCGUAUUUGGAACGAGUGUAAGUGUUUCUUCAAGUGCCUGGUUUUCUAUUAUUUCGAGUUGAGAAGUGGAUGUAUCCGCGCUAUGGCAUGCAAUUAUUUUUAUAAGGGCCAUUUUUUUUUAAUUUUUAAGUCAAUGUGUGAGGCUUGGCUUCAUGCUCCUUCAAUGGCGAUAAAAAUGAGUGUUUUAUAUGUCCGGCUUGUUUUAUGAUACAUUUGUUUUUGGAAUACGAUGCCCCAUGAUACCAAACUCGCAAUGCAUUCGUGAUACGGAGUUAUGAUUUAUGAAUGUAAUUCUUCAGUUAAGUCAUUGAAUUGAGAUUAAUUAGUUCUAUGAUGGAAGAGAAUUUGUAUAUUGAGGAGAAUGAUGGAAAUAUAUAUUUAUCUUACUAGUCGUGAGAUUUCUUCACAACUUGA